AUGUCCGCUCUGCACCGUGACGACGAGGCGAAUCAAGUGGAACCGUUACUCCAGGAUUCAGACGCCUACAGCUUGCACUCGCUCGAUGCGGACGAGGAGCGCCCUGCGUCCGCGCCCAAAGCGGGAACGAGUCGGGCGAAAUCAGUGACGCACCGUGUCGAGCCCAUCUUCCCAAACGCGCAGUCCCUGGCUCUGAAGACGUUUGAGAGACUGGCUCCCUCGCGGACCCGCAAAGCCGUGGCCCUGGGCCUGGCAUGUAGCUUAUGGCUUUUGUACAUGCUGUAUCUCGUCCACCGAAAGACGUCACUGUUGCCUGUGCCUGGUUUUGGGGUGCCCAGAAGGCUGACCUGCUACUCCAAUGCAUUCGGCAAUAUCGUCGAACGAUAUGCCGUUCCCUCAUGUGACACUUUCACACCUGAGUGCAUGUCUGGCAUCCCGCCACCCUUUGCAUUCCAGUGCCCUACCGGUUGUUCCGAAGCUCACAUACAAGAGGAGCACUAUCUCGGUGACAAGUUCGUGGACCACGGGAUAUGGGUAGUUGGAGGGGGUCUGGACAGCAACGGCCGAUCGGUCUACCGAGCUGAUUCUUAUAUCUGUGGCGCCGCUAUUCAAUCCGGUGUGAUCUCGGACCGGGACGGCGGCUGCGGUGUUUUGCGUCUAAACGACGGCCAAGACGGUUUCCCAGGAACGGCAGCGAGCGGGAUUGAGAGCAUGGACUUCAAUUCCAGCUUCCCCUUUGGCUUCACCGUUGAAUCAAUAGGUGAACCUGACCCGCGAUGCUACGAUACGGUCUGGAUUCCUCUCGCCGCGUCGGUGCUUUUGACAAGCGUCAUCUCCUUGCUCACAACGUCGCCCCGCGUAUUUUUCUAUUCUACUUUCACAAUCGUCUUCUUUCAAACGGCACUUAUAUCGGACGCUCCAAGCUUUGACAGCUACCUGCAAGUCGUCCAGGUAGCCCUGGCGCGGUUCCUCCCGGCGAUGUUUGUCGCCUUCGCCAUCUACACAUUUUGCGCGCGCACCACGCUCACAGACCUGAACGCCCCGAUCGAGAAGACGGCGCUGUGGCUUGGAGGCUGCUGGUUCGGCGCCUUGGAGAACUACACAUUCGACAAGCUCCCGCUAUCGAGACUGACUCCGCGGGAUCUCACCAAGCCCGGAGCAGCCGUUGUCCUCGUCUGUGCCAUUCUCGCGAUCCUUGCCGCCGCAGCUACGCAAGCGUGGGCCCUUUGGAAAGAAGGACGGUUCUGGACGUACUUCAGCUUUUACCGCUACCUGGGCGCUGUCCUUCUCCUUCUCAGCCUGGUCCCCGGCCUAAACUUACGUAUACAUCACUACAUUCUGGGGCUGAUCCUGCUACCCGGGACAGCUAUACAAACAAGACCAAGUCUGCUGUUCCAGGGCUUCCUCGUCGGCCUAUUCAUCAACGGCGUGGCUCGUUGGGGAUUCGCAAGUAUUCUUGAGACGGAUCGCUUCUUGGCGCGUGAGGGUCAACUCGGAUCCGAGGUGCCCGAGUUCUUCGCACCCAUCAUGAACGGAAGCACAAUCACAUUCACAUUUCCGUCUUUUCCGGAGGAAUGGGACGGUAUCAGCGUCAUGGUUAAUGACAUUGAAAGAACUAGACUGGCCAAGUCGUCGGGCGACACCGUUUUUACCUGGAGCCGUUUGAGACUCGAGGACCUGUAUUUCCGCUUUGCCUACACGAAAAUGGGAUACAUAGAUGGUAUCAUGAUGGGCGAUUUUACGAAACCAGGUACUUGGGCGGCAAAUGGCACUUGGAUCUUCUGA